AAACAAAACAAGUUGGCAGUCUCCUUAGAUUACUCAACAUGUCUGCUGCCACUAACGUUCUAAAGCUAUCUAUGAAAGUUAUAGAGAUGAGUUCUCCAGGCAUUUCCUGACCGUUGGUAUUCAACAUGUCAGGUUCUUGGAGGAACAAGUGCUUGCUCCUGACUCUUCUUGUUCUCGUUGUUCUCUCAGAAGCAUCAAGAUUGCCUAACUGGGAACAGAUGCUGCCUAAAAAGCUCCCAACUCCUUCCUCUUCCCCUUCUAAAGGCACCAAUUCUUUAACAACAUCAUCUUCAACUGCGGUUAAAACAGAUACAAGCCCUCCUUCAUCAGAUGGAAAGUCUGAUGUGCUCAUGGGUACAGGAUUAUAUGCAAUUGUAGAGUUGAGCAUAUUGAUGCUCGGAUGCAAUCCAUUGUAAAGAAGAGUAGCACUUAUUUGCUGACAAUGAUGUAUUUGUAGGAUUAUAAGUCAAGAUUUAAGAACUAAUCACCUUCUUCUAAAUAUUGCUCUAGAAGCUUAGCUUGUAUUGAGUAAUGCAGCUUGCUAAAUAACCUACUAGGGUUAUUUUCCAAGUAAAUUCUUGCAAUCAGAUACUUCUUGUAAUUGUUACUUCCUCAGAAUAAUUGAAUCAAGUCACU